GCAGCACAGUAGCGGCAGCAAGUGCGGUGCAGUCGACCUGAGAGGAGCGGACGGACGCUGCUCCGCCGUCGUGAGGAAACACCGCACAGAUGAAGGGACCCUUGCGGAUAACUAUCACACAUUCCUGCGUUUGAGCACCGAGCCACACUCUCCUCCGUCCUCUCACCGGGAUCGUGCCGCCGCUGUGGGUGUUUCAUCAGGAGGGCUUGCCUGUUUUUCCUCCGGGAGGCUGAAUGGAGGCAGCAGCCGAGGGAGCGGUCGGGCUGUCGGAGGCCAGGGACGGGAGCCCGCUAUCCGGGGCCGCAGCAUCCGAUGAUGGGGACACGGUCGUCGGAGUUAGCUACGGGAUGGACACCGCGGACAUGGAUGCUGCUGCUAGGAAAGCCUUCAUCACAGAGAUGCCCUCAUCCUCAGGCCAGCCUGGUCAGGGAAAGAAGAUUGGCCACAGAGGGGUGGACGCAUCAGGGGAAACUACUUACAAGAAGACCACAUCCUCAGCCUUGAAAGGUGCCAUCCAGCUGGGCAUCGGUUACACAGUGGGCAACCUGAGCUCCAAGCCUGAGAGAGAUGUGUUGAUGCAGGACUUCUACGUGGUGGAGAGCAUCUUCUUCCCCAGUGAAGGAAGCAACCUCACUCCAGCCCACCAUUUCCCAGAUUUCCGCUUUAAAACAUACGCCCCUGUGGCCUUCCGCUACUUCAGAGAACUGUUUGGCAUCAGGCCGGAUGACUACCUGUACUCCCUAUGUAACGAGCCUCUGAUCGAGCUGUCCAAUCCCGGAGCGAGUGGCUCGGUCUUCUAUCUCACAAAGGAUGAUGAGUUCAUCAUCAAGACUGUGAUGCACAAGGAGGCUGAAUUCUUACAGAAACUGCUGCCUGGAUACUACAUGAACUUGAACCAGAACCCUCGCACUUUGCUUCCCAAGUUCUUUGGCCUCUACUGUGUCCAGUCGGGCGGGAAGAACAUCCGCGUGGUGGUGAUGAACAACGUCCUUCCCCGCGUGGUUCGUAUGCACCUCAAAUAUGACCUGAAGGGCUCCACCUACAAGAGGCGAGCAUCCAAGAAGGAACGAGAGAAGGCCAGGCCCACUUUUAAAGACCUGGACUUUAUGCAAGACCUGCAGGACGGACUGAUGCUGGACCAGGACACUUACAACGCGCUGGUCAAGACCCUGCAGAGAGACUGCCUGGUGCUGGAGAGCUUCAAGAUCAUGGACUACAGUUUGCUUCUCGGGGUUCACAACAUGGACCAGGCGGAGAGGGAGAGGCAGAUGGAGGGCUCCCAGGGCAGCAGCGAUGAGAAGAGGCCCGUGGCCCAGCAGAAGGCCCUGUACUCCACCGCCAUGGAGUCCAUCCAGGGAGGAGCCGCCUGCGGAGGGUCCAUCGACACUGACGACACCAUGGGCGGUAUCCCAGCUGUGAACGGAAAAGGGGAGAGACUUCUUCUCUACAUCGGAAUCAUCGACAUCCUGCAAUCCUACAGGCUAAUCAAGAAACUGGAGCACACGUGGAAGGCUCUGGUUCAUGACGGGGACACUGUAUCAGUCCACCGGCCAGGCUUCUACGCCGACAGGUUCUUCAAGUUCAUGAGCAACACGGUGUUCAAGAAGAGCUCCUCUCUGAAGUCAUCUCCAUCCAAGAAGGGCCGUGUGUCGUUGUCGGUGCCUAAGUGUGCCGGUCCUGGUGCAGCCUGGUCCGCCAGCCAGCUGCCCUCUGAGAGAGACGAGAACAUCUACGACCUGAGAGGAGCUCGCAGCUUCCCAACGCUGGAGGACGAGGGGCGACCAGAUCUUCUUCCAUGUACUCCUCCGUCAUUUGAAGAAGCUACCACAGCGUCGAUCGCCACCACGCUCUCUUCCACCACCUCUCUGUCCAUCCCCGAGAGAUCCCCCUCUGACACGGCUGAGCAUCCCCGCUACAGGAGGCACACCCAGUCUCUCAGCCAUGAUGGGAGGACCCAGGAGGAGCUGCGUGUGCGUGAGGAGGAUCAGCAGACCAUCACAGUGGAGGUGGAGCUGAAGAGACACGACAGCGAGCCAACCAUCUCCAUUCCACAGCCUUCACCUGAAGCCAGUGAGGUUCAGGAAGGAGCUGGCGCCGAGGCUGCAGAUGCAGAUGUAGCUGCAGCAGCAGCACCCUCCAGCUCUUCAUCGGCACCUGAAGCAGCCUCCUCCUCCUUGUCUGCCCCAGCUGCUCCCUCUUCUCCCGGGGCAGCUGAUGAGGCCCCGUCCAGUCCCAAGGUGAUGGUGGUGGAGGCAGACAGGGUCAGCCAGGUGUCCGGCUCAGGGUGCACCAGCCAGGCUUCAGUCGAUGAUGAAGAUGACGUGCCAAUCACAGAUAUCUACUUUUAAGCCCUGUUCUCUGGCAGAGAGGAGCGAACGUCUCGGUGGAGAGGACUCGUCGGUCUGAAGUCCAGACCUCAGCGGUAGCAGCAGGAUCUCUGUCUGAACCAGGAUUUUAAAACAUGCAUACAGAAACUGAACACACUGAGGGGGAAAAAGUGACUUGUGUACCAGAGAGGGGGAAAAAAAUCCUGACAGUGAUGAACGUCACUGGUUUCCAACCAUCCCUGCCUUUCACCCUUGACAAAAUGAAAAUUAUAUCAAGUUAAUAAUAAUGUGUAUGUGUGACAUACAGUAGUGCGUAUACGGCUGUAGUCUUAUAUGUUUGAGAUCAUACGGUAGUAACUCUCUGUGCCUGUAAAGAAGUAUUCACUCGACUUGGAAGUAUUUGUGACCACAUUAAAAUGGAAACAGACUUUUUUUAAAUCUUUUCCUUCUUUGGUAUUUCCAAGUAUCUUGUUACCACUGCUGUCACAAAGACAACUGGAUCGCUGUCCGUUUUCCUCAGAGCAGCUACCACAGAUAUUUCUGAUGUCCCACUGUCCACUAUUUCUGUUUCUGGGGAUAGUAACUGCAGAGAACGUACACUGAUCCUCUCUGGUACCUGAGGAUAGCUGCCGAGAGCCACCGGGGUAAACAAGAGCGUUAAUCUCUUCCUGUUUUGGUUGCGCAAUUGUCAACGCACUUCCUUUGUGCAAAUCAAGCCAUCAUUUCCCCAGGAGGUCGUACCCGGUGGCAGACAGAAUAGCAUAGUUAAAUCAAAGCUUACAGGGAACUGAUCUAAACACAGAUGGUGUCAUUAUUCUCUACAUUACAGUGUGCAAUCAGCAUUUACUUCAUAAUUAUAGAUUAAAGCAAACUUGUCUGUUUCCACUUUAAAUCCUCUUAAAAACAUGUUACCUUCCAAGUGGGGUUGAUACUUUUUUAAAGGCAUCAUCCAGUCUGUUCUAGUUCACACAGGUACGGCCCUCUGACAGGCUCAGCACACUGAAAUAUGCGUGUACUGUACUUAUCAGGAUAAGACCACCCACUGUCCUUGGUACUGACUACCCUCACCUGACAUCACGCUUUGUUUUAACAACUGAAAAAAAAAAUAUGGUGCAUUUGGGUCAAGAUAGGCAACACCUCUCAUGACGUGACGCUACUCCUUCUGCUCGGGUCUCCUUGCUGCCGGUGACGUCCUCCUGAGAGCAGGACUUUCGGCCACAUAUUGAUUUCAGUGUGAUGAGGGAGGAGUGAGCGAUGGAGUCUGUGGUGUUAGAGGUUUACUGUAUAAAAGAAGUGGACAUAGCCAAUGUGGCGUCACCUAUUCGUUCGUGGGCCUGUUUUGAAGCCUUGAGUUCGGCAUUUUGGCCGUCAGUGUCUUGGUUAUUCGAAGCCAGGGGUGACCAUAUUUGGACCAAGCCUAAGAACAGCACCAGGAUUUGACCUAGUGGCCAAACAUGGAAUUACGACUUCUGGAUCUGUCACACGACGCCUUCGGGCCCAGAAAGACUUUUAUCUGUAGAGAUUCUCAAAGAGACGUCUGUAACUCAGUGUAAAAUUUUUUUGGAGCGUAACCACCCCCUGACUCAUUUCGCUAUCAGGAUUAGUCUAGAAAAGCCGCACAUUUAAAUGACUUCAUCCCCAAUCAAGUUAGCGGAGGGUUAAACUGGCAGUUAGCGGCUCGGCUGGGGGAAGUUAGCUGCUCAGACAGGCGCAGCCACUUUGAAUCUCUUGUGCAUUAAGAGCCCCACAAUGCAAAAGAUCCAUUGAAAUUAUUACAAUGGAAAUGAAUCUUUUUUGGCCACUUUCCUACAAAUGGAUGGGGACCAGCCUCCAACACUGUAUCCAGCUCUCUUAAUACAUCCAUGAUUUGGAUGAGAGGUUGGAGCUGUGGAGGAUAUGCGAUGCUAAACAUCUAUCAUUAUUGACAGGUCACCGUGGUAGCGACUUGCCAAUCAAUUUUAAUCUAAAUGGGACCAAAUUUUACGAAAUGAAAAUAUAAUUUAAAUCAUGUUGUAUUUAAGGAGGCUUGAAACUUGUGAUUGAGGCCGUAAUCUCAUUUGGAAAAUGCUUACUAUGGUAAUAAAUCACGUGAGAAGAGAAGAGGGUAAUUUUCUCAUAGACUUCUAUACCACUGGUUCCCAACUUGAGGGUCCCAACACCCACUAGAGGUCGCCAAAGCCUCAGAGAGGACCACGAAGCCAUCUUGAUUUUAACGUGUGUAAGAAAACUUUAAUUAAAAAAAAUAUAUAUAUAUAUAUAUAUAUACACACACAGUAAGCCUACAUCUCAGGAUUUCAUUUAUUUCUGUGAAGAAAACUAAGAAGAACUAUGAAGAAAUAGUUAUUUUUAAGUUUAGAUAAUUAUUUCGGACGUAAACUUUUAAAAAGUCUCACAGAAUAAGAGAACAGAGAAUUACUGAACACGAGCUAUAUAUUUACGGAGCCUUAACUCUGCAUUUAAACAAGUCAUCCUGAAUCAGAAAAGAACGCAGUUAAAAAAAAACAAAGAGAACAAUGGCCAAGCAACAGGGAGGAGAAAAUACUGAAUUUCUUAAAAAGAAAGACGCCUAUUAUGUUUGUGUGAUGGUUAACAUUCAAAAAAAGAUACAUAAUACAGAGCGCUGGAUAAAAGGUUGCUAAAAAAAUGUUUGUUACACAAGUUGAGUUCAUUAUUUUGGUUAAUUGUACAGCUUAUCAGUCCCUCUGUCCUGUUGUUGUUAUGCAUUUAACAAUGUAAAAUAUUUGUAAAAUAUGCUGCCUAGUUUGGGGUCGUAGCUUGAGUCAAUGCUAGAGCAGGCUCUCUUACAGAAAAAGGCUGGGAACCACCGUUUUAUACAAUCUGACCUCUUUUUGUAACCAGUGUAGUCGCCCUCUGCUGGCCUUUAGCAAGAAUGCAGCUCAAAGGCACUUCGACAUUGGCUCAACAUUGGCUCGUGUCUGGCACUUUCAGACACGGAGGCUACGCUCACUUCUUUUAUACCAUACAGUGUGUGGUUGGAGGGCUCUCCUUGUGAUCUUAGAACAGGAGUUACAGUGAUAACCAUUGUUCAGCCAAAACACAUCUAAACUCUGUCGUCCUCACAUUUCCAGCAGCCGUGAAUACAUGCAGUUUAGUUUUUAGAGGAAGCAUCAUUUCCUUUAGUAAAUAUAUACAGUGAUUUUAUUCAUAGCAUAAUAAUUUAUAUAAAUAUAAUUUAUAUCAAACUUUUUUUUGCAUUUUUUUUUUUUAAUUUCUGAACUCUUUUACUACUGUGAGCUUUUAUUUAUUUAGUCUAUAUUUUAUUCUAAUCUUCACUGUCUUCUGGUACUUUUUCACUCUGAAAUGCUUAAAUGUUUCUCUUUUCUUUGAUUUUGCAUCCAAAGAACUUUAAUUUUUGUUUUGAUAAUUCCAUCCUUGCAGAUUUUCUUUUUAGUUUCCCGUCACGUUUGUCGUUUAAAGUCAGUGUUAGUACUUCUUUCACCGCACCUCUUGCGUGGAAACAGCUGAGGCUUGUGACUCAAUUGCAACACUAAGGCAGCAAACAUUGUCGUAACCUUCACAUCAUUGCAGCGUCUUCCAGUGUUGCCCUACGUUUAGACAGAUGCACACAAAUCAUUUGCUACAAUAAAUGUUUUAUUUUAGCUGGGGGAAAAAAUAAUCAGCAUAUCAGUGACAGUCGCUAUAUCUCCUCACCUCCUCACAAUAAUGAAUCCAUUGACUGGACAUUUCAGAUGUUUGUAGAUGUAGAGCAUCAGUUGUAGUAUUUGCAGUCGAUAUCGUACCUGUUAUCUGUAUAUUUGAAUGAACACAGUACGUUGCAGUGUUGCCUCGGCGAGACACGGCGAGUUUGUAAAUGGGGUUGAAUGUUGUUUGCACUUCUCAAGAGGACCUGAAGAUGAACUAGUGAUAGAGGCCAAAUAAAAACAUGCAUCAUGUUAUCUUCGUUUCGGCUCACACAGGCUGAUAUUUAGGCAGCGUUUCUUUUUAGGAUUAUCAAGUGUGUGUGUGUUGGUGAAGUCGAUCACAGUCAUCGUAGGGUUAGUGUUUACUGUAGUCUCUCUGUGGCUGACAUCUUAGGACUCUCAAAGUAAGUUCGACAAACUGAUUUUUCUUUUAACUUCACUUGGUUUCUAUGUGUGUUUGUGUGUACGGGAGGACACAUCAAUGUUGGACAUUGUAAGAUAAAAAAUCAGUUUGUUCCCAUGACGUGCAGUGGCCAGUUGUAAUCAGUUUGCUGUUGUUCAUCGGAUGGAGACCAUAGCAGCAAUAUUUUGUACAGUCUAGCUUUUAAGUUCGUUUUUAUUGCCUUAUUGAGAAAUUUUACAUGUAGGCCUAGCGUUUAUAUUUUUUUUUUCACUCGUGCUGUUGUAUUUAUUUUUCUUUCUCAUAGUUGUGCUCCUGAGAAUGUGUACAUAAAAUUAUAAAUACAUAUAUAAAGAUAUACAAAUAUAUUUUCCAUUUGAAUCGGAGAAUAUUAUUUUUAUUUGGUUUUAUUUUUGCUGCUGGGCAAGAAAUGAUUGCAAUCUACAUAAUUUUACUGUACCAUAUUCUUCAGUGUGUUUAUCGGGAUGCAGCUGCUGUAUAUUUAUGGUCUAUAAACCACAGCUGUCUCUUUGUAAGAUAUCCAGACGUUGAGCGAUUUGUGGGGUUUUACUGUACAUGCAAAUCAAUAGGGAUUCUUCCAACUGUUCAGCUGUGCCGUGUAUGUGUUUUCAAAUCGCUGUGUGCCCUUCAUCCAAUAGGGAGAGUCCUUUGCAGAGACAUAGCAUGAUUUCCAAAAUGAAUAUGCAUAUCAGAAAUGUGUAUUUAUGUAUAUCUGUGUAUAUUCAUCUAUUUAUACAUGAGGAUAAAUAGAUGGCUGUAUGUGUGUGUGUUUGGACUCAAUCAGAAUGAAUACAAAAUAAAGCAGUUCUAUGAAUUGUUGUUCAUGGAG